CCGAUUCCCACCACCGGCCCCCCGUACCGCUGUCGACGACGUUCGUCGGCCGCCCCGUCACGUCAGUCGGUGCUCGCAUCGCCACACGUAGGUGGAACCGGACGUUCUCCGCGUACACGAGCACAGGUGCAUCCGAUCGGAAACGGCGCCCCGAAUCGUUCUCCGACGGGCGUCGCGCCGCAACAGGUGACCGACCGCCGGGCGCAGGACACGUGGUCGAAGGUCGAGGCCGGUGUAUUGUAAUAUAUCUGACGUCAUCGAUCGCAUUAACCACGUGAUGUGAAGUCGUGAAAUGUUCGACACCUGUCAAACUAUAAAUGGCGGUCCGAAGUGUAAUGAAGUGGCGGAAAAACUCGUACAGUUGUUCGGCUGGAGGCAGACUUACAAUGUGGAAAAAUUGCAGAGGAACGUUCCAGGUAGAUCAACAACGAGAAUUUCCAUCACGAGGCCUACGCCGCCAAAAGACAGAGAUGCUAAUACAAAGGGGGCGGAUUCGUGGGUUUCCGUGCACAAUCUGCAGUCGCAGGGCGGCGGUAUUUUGGACGCCGAUGACAGAGUGACCGACGUUGCCGACGACAGGGAGCAGAUAUUGGCGAGCUUCGAGGACGGCGAUGGGGCGCACCUGCACGGGGGUGGGGACGGCGCUAGCGGCAGUUCGGUGGGGACGGGCAGUCCAGACAUCUUCCACGACGGCGACCACAAGUACGGCCCUUCUUACCCGCGCACCGACAUCGAAGUGACCGGCGAGCAGAUCGCUUCGGGCGUGCCGCUGCUGCAGGUGCGGCGGGGCAGCGAGCCGAGCCUGAACCAGCUGACGCCGGGCGGCCCUGUGGGCGGGGCCGGGGUGGGGCCGCCCGCCCCGAAGCGCUGGAGCGCCGCCCCGCUCAUCGUGGAGCCGCCCGCGUCGGCGGGGUACGCGACGGGCGCGGAUUGGCUGGCCGAGGACGCGAGGGAGGAGGAGCGAGAGCGGCAGGGGGGCGGGUUCAGGAGGGCGGGCAAGGACGGGGGCAGCAACAGGUUGUCGAUGCAGUUUCUGGGCGCCGACGGUGCUGGCUACCGUUGGGCAGAAGCCGCCGACCGCGCCGCCACCAAUCGCCCCGCCCACCUGACCACCUCUCUGCCGCGCGACACCCGCCGCAAGGAGCCGCUCGGCCAGGCCAACACCGCCCCCAGCCCCGCCCACCAACACCGCCCCGCCUAUCCCUAUAGCCCCGCCCACCAACAUCGCCCCGCCCCAGCCUUGCCCGAGUCGAUCGUGAUCGGCAACGAGCCGGGGCCGCUCGGCAUCCACGUGGUGCCCGACUACGACGCCCUGGGGCGCGAGCAGGGUUUGCUGGUGAAGGGCAUCGAGCCGGGUGGGCGGGUCGAUAGAGAUGGGCGGCUCGCGGUAGGAGACAGGGUGGUUGAGAUCAACGGGGAGAAUUUGAUCGAUAUGUCCUUCCAGAGAGUACAAGAUUUGUUCAAACUCUCUCUUACUUCACCAGAAUUAAGACUGAAAGUAAUAAAAGCUUCUGGACUCGAAGGCCUCAGGAAACCACCGCCUCCUGUAUAUCCUUGCUAUCCUGACGACAAAGAGAAUGUUUCCAUGGUCGAAUGUGAACAAAAACAGAGUACAAAUACAAAGGUAGCUACAGUGUCUCCCACGAAAAAAGUACCGGCCAUUUCGAAAAAUCUGAAAGGUUUGAUAACAGCUAACACAAGAAAAAUUGGGAGGAAGAUAGAAAUCGAACUAGUUAAAGGACCCCAAGGUCUGGGAUUUAGUAUAACGACUAGGGACAAUCCUGCCGGAGGAAAAUGUCCUAUUUAUAUCAAAAAUAUCAACGCCAUGGGUCCUGCCAUUGAGGAUGGCAGACUGAAAAUAGGCGACAGACUUCUGGAAGUUAACAACUUAGAAAUGAGCGGGAAAACGCAAAGCGAGGCAGUGGCGCUACUUAAAAGUCUACCUUUGGGAAGCAAAGUAAAAAUAGUGGUGUCCAGGCAAGAGGAUGUUGUAGAUAGUAGUCUUCCGAGGAUAAUUGACGUCGACCUGAAAGACGAUCGAGAAGAGCGAACCGUCGAAGUCCCGCCCAACAUUCCCCCCUUGCCGCAGAGCCACCUGCAGGCCCUGCAAAGCAGGUCGCCGGACAAGGGCUCUUCGGUGGCCAAAUUCAUUUCCCAAUACGAAGAGGGCGCCAGCACCAAUCCGCUGGACCAGAUCGACGAAAGCAUGGUGUUCCCGUGGAAGCACCGCGAGAUCCUCACCUUCAACAUCCCCGUGCACGAUUCGGAGAAGGCCGGCCUCGGCAUCAGCGUCAAGGGCAAGACGAGCGGUGCCAAGGAUCUCGGCAUCUUCAUCAAGGGAGUCAUGUUCGGCGGGGCCGCCUCCAGGGACAACAGGCUGCGCACCAACGACCAGCUGCUGAACGUGAACGGCAUCUCGCUGCUGCAGCAGUCGAACAGCGACGCGAUGGAGACGCUGAAAAGCGCCAUCCCGAGCACUGAGGGACCCGUGCCCGGCCACAUCACGCUCGCCGUCGCUCGCCGAGCCUCGUCGCCCGAUUCCAGCGUCAAGGACGCCUCUGGCGACAGUCUGGACAACCACUCUCAGGAAAAGAGUGAUAGUAAUUCUGUGGACAACUCUGGAACUAGCGGAGGCUCAACGAAUACAGUCAUCUUCAACCCGCAAGGAGUGGUAUCCAAUAUCUCUGAGAUAUCUCAGAAUGGCAAUAGCAAUGUGAUGAGUCCUAUGCAUACGUGGAACCCUGUCUUGGAGAGGAUCACCGGAAAUUCAAAGCAACAGCAGCAACUGAGAAAUGAAAGCUAUUAUAAGGCCACUCAUGACACUUGGACGACCAGUAUGCUGGGGAACACUUCCUAUGGAAACAGCACAAUUGUAAAUAUGAUACCGGCUGAACCAAUUCUAAUCGAAGACGAGUAUGGAUCUAGAGUGAUGACCAAUCCUAAUCAACAAAUCAACGUCCACAUAACCAACAAAAUCCCCGCCAACACGCUGGAAACCCGGCAAGACCGCGAACCCACCUCUCCUGCCACCAACAAAAGCACCGACUCCUCGCAGUCGACCGUCCCGCCGACGGACGCCACCUACGCCAGUCAGCUGUCGCUGGAGGCGGCGCAGGGAUUCACGCGCGACGCCUUCGGCAGACAGAGCAUGUCCGAGAAGCGCCAUGCGACGCUCGACGCCAAAAGCACCGACACCUACCAGCGGUCGAAGAAGAUGCGCGAGGAGAGGCGGAAUAGGGAUAAUGCUGAUAAACUCGGUCAAUUGGGGCCAAGUCUGGGAAUGAAGAAGUCAUCUAGUUUGGAAUCUCUGCAAACCAUGGUUCAAGAGAUCCAGAUGCAAGAAGAGUGUGACCCUGCUUAUAGUUAUAGAGGGCCAAAUGGUGCUCUGAAAGUUAUUAGGGGUAGGGGCUGUGAAGAAAGUUUCAGGGCUGCUGUAGUAGACCCGAAUCAUAGAAGUGAAAUCGCUAAAAAACAUUGGUUGCUGGAGGGUCCGACGCAGCAAGAGAGAGAAAUAGAAGGAUUCAACCAUGUUAGAGGUGCACCUAGGCAGUCUUCCUUAAAUGCAGCUAUUGAUAGUAAAAUUAAGUCUUCUAAGAAAAAACCAGGAAUAUUCAAGGGAAUCGGCUCUAUGUUCAGGUUCGGAAAACACCGGAAAAUCGAGUUGCAACCCUCCGAGCCCGUACACAGCUACCACCCGCCAACCGAAUUCGACGCGAACGCGAACCUCCCCCAACCGCCCCAAAACCAACAGGACCAAGACAACGCCAGCCACGGCAGCCAAUCGGAGAAGCAGUCGGACGCGCAGCAAAAACAGCCCCAGAAACAAGCCACGCAUCACGCUAACCCUAACCAUUUCGGGCACGGCUUCGCCCACAAUUCGCACAACUCCAGCAUGAAUUCGCAGCAUUCGCAGCACUCUCAGAACUCGCAGCAUUCUGGGCAGGGGUCGCAACAUUCGGGGCAGAAUUCGCAGAGGGAGCAACAGGUGCAGAGGGAGCCGUUGUACCAGAGGCACGGGCUGGUCCAUAGGCACGCGGAGCAAGUACAGGUGAUUCCCGAAAACUCAGUCGCUCCACCAAUAAAAUACAGACAAAACUCUUCAGAGCAUAGGAGGAACGAACGAGAUUUGCAUAAGCAAAGGAUGCAACAGAGACACACCUAUUACCAGACCGACGAGAGAGAACCAAUUUAUGACCAUAGGCAUCAAUCUCAACAGAGGAUUGAUCCUGCAAGUCAAUUCAUCGAAUAUGGAAGGCCUGGUAGUAGAUCCGGUAUCACAGAGUCGUCUGUGCCAUUCACACACUAUGUUAAUUAUAACGAGCUUCAAACCCACAUUAGCCGCAAUAAAGACCAUCUAUCUGACAGUCAGAUAGUUCAGAUGCGUCUGCAGGUGCAGCAGCAAAGAUUAAAGGUGGAGGAGGAAAGCCGGAAGCAGCACCAGUACCACUCGCAGCGACAGUCGCGCGCCGACAGCCAGCUGAGGCCCGUCUCGAACUACUACGAGUACGAGAGCGUCCAGUCGGUGCUGAACAACCGGACGACGGUCAGGCACAACGUCGGCCAAAAUGCGCCGCAGACGAUCAGCGCCGCCUAUCAGGACCACAACUCGAAUGAGAAACUUCCCCAUUCGCUGCCGAGGAACCAGCCAGGACAGGGCAGGCAUUCGCGGCCUGCCAAUCGGGGGCCCUUCGUCACGCAGGUGACCAUCGGAGAGCACCAGCAGAACGGGACGAAGGUGUGACGUAGGCGAGUCCGGACCUGACAGGUGAAUGACCGUUCUGGGUUUCGAUGGAGGGGAAUAAUUGGGGAGUCGUGUGGCUGUGUGAAUGGAAAAGUAUCGAAUUUUUGCUCAUGAGACAUAAUGGCGGCGAUAUAAAAGAGAACAGAGACGAAAUGUUCCAAACGAGUGAACAAUUCAAGGUGUUUCACGGUGCGGUG